AUGGCGCCUCCAAAAGCUAUAUUAUUCGAUGUCGGCGGCGUAGUGGUCCUCUCCCCCUUCCAAGCCAUCCUCGACUACGAACUCGAAAACCGCAUCCCAAUCGGCUACAUCAACCACGCCAUCCAGCAAGGCCCCCCCUCCACCGGCGCAUGGCAGCUCAUCGAGCGCGGCGCCACGCCCCUCAACGACGCCUGGUUCGCCGCCUUCGCCGCGCAACUCUCCCGCCCGGACGUCUGGCACGCAUACUGGAUCCGCUGGAGCGCGCGCGGCGGCGGGCACGCCGACAGCGGGACGACCUCCUUGCUGGGCGAGCACGUUCCCCCCGUGCCGCGCAUCGACGCGAAGAAGCUGUUCUGGCGGAUGAUGCGGUAUUCGCGACGGCCGGAUGGGGCGAUGUAUCCUGCGCUUAAGGCGCUUCGGAGAAAGGGGGAGGGGCGGUGGGUUGUAGGCGCGCUGUCUAAUACUGUGGAUUUUCCGACUGGGAUUGUGGACGACGAGGGGGUGCUGUUUGAUAAGAGCGUCUUAUACGAUGGGCGGCCGGAGUGGGAAGGAGAUUCUGCGAAUAUCGCGGAUUGGUUUGAUGUUUAUUUGAGUAGUGCGCAUAUUGGGGUUAGGAAGCCGGAUCCGGAGGCGUAUCGGUUGGCGGGAGAAACAAAGGCCGCGGUGAGGGCGUUAGAGAGGGAGGUGGGUGUUUCGUUGAUGGAGGAGAGGAGUAAGCUGUAG